AUGCGUCAGAUGGUGGACGUAUCGAUAUCGAAGACAUGCGUCAGAUGGAUGACGUAUCGAUAUCGAAGACAUGCGUCAGAUGGUGAACGUAUCGAUAUCGAAGACAUGUGUCAGAUGGUGGACGUAUCGAUAUCGAAGACAUGCGUCAGAUGGUGGACGUAUCGAUAUCGAAGACAUGCGUCAGAUGGUGAACGUAUCGAUAUCGAAGACAUGCGUCAGAUGGUGGACGUAUCGAUAUCGAAGACAUGCGUCAGAUGGAUGACGUAUCGAUAUCGAAGACAUGCGUCAGAUGGUGGACGUAUCGAUAUCGAAGACGUGCGUCAGAUGGUGAACGUAUCGAUAUCGAAGACAUCGUCAGAUGGUGAACGUAUCGAUAUCGAAGACAUGCGCGUCCAGUGUGACAGCCUCUGGGGCAAAACAUUCUACAUCUAUAAGGACAGUAGGACAUGGAACGAAGCGAGAAAAAUAUGCGAGAGCAAUGGACGACGCCUGGCCCAGAUAGACAACAAACAGACAGUGGAUGCUCUUCUUGCGCAAGGACAUUUCUGGAUUGGGCUGAACCGCGCGGACAACGCACUUUAUCACCGCUGGGAUCACUGUGAGAGUACUGACGGUUCGUCCUUCACCUUCUGGGCGGAAGAGCCGGCUACGGACAAAAAGUGUGUAUUUGCUGAAAAUGACAUAUUAAGAUGGAAGAACGAAGUGUGUGACAGCAGCAGCUAUCAGUAUCUUUGCCAGGAGGACACAGGUCCCUGUACAUACACAGACUUCAGUGGGACGUGUACAGGGCCCGGCCAUGCUGAAGCUUCUGUCGUUCCUGGUGUGGAUGUGGCUGAAUGUGAAGACUUGUGCAGUAACAUCCUACAGAACAGGCUGGCAUGCUGGAUGUACAGUUACGACAAUCCCACCUGUACGCUGUAUUUCGACACGGACCCAUGGGCAUGUACACAACCGUCACUGGCAGCGACAGCAAAGACGCGGGUCUGCUUUACAUUCGAUGCAGUUACUUCGUCCUCAAGCUACAGCAACUCUAAUACCAAACCAAUUAUCAACUGCGACUCAUACACAACCCAACCUGCAACUACCUCGACACCAACGACAACAACGUCCUCUACAACCACGGCAACUACCACCACAACUACUACGGGGGUAGCUACUUCUAUCAAUACCAUCGCACCUGCAGUUAUAACAACAAGCACGUCAAAUAUAUUUGAAGUAUAUACAUCGCCGGAAAAUACCACAUCUAUAUCUACCAACAAUGGGGCAGCUGCUGCUGAACCAACAGCUACUUCUAACAGCGACACCGCAACGGCUGGUAUAACGGAGACUACUACAUCAUCGGCAACGAUUGCAAAUAUCAGUAUGGCAACUAAUCCCACUACACCAGCCACUGCAAAUAUCACUAUGGCAACUAAUCCCACACCACCAACAACUACAAAUAUCACCAUGGCAACUACUCCCACUACACCAGCCACUGCAAAUAUCACCAUGACAGCUAAUCCAACUACACCAACAACUACAAAUAUCACCAUGGCAACUACUCCAACUACACCAGCCACUGAAAGCAUCACCACGACAACUACUCCCACUACGACGGCCACUGGAAGUAUCACCAUGGCAACUAAUCACAAUAUCCCGACCACUGCAAGUAUCACUAUGGCAACUACCACGACUAACCCAGCAAGCACGCCUGCAGGAGCAUCACCUAUGACUGCCUUUCAGGCGUCGACGUCAACAGCAACAGACUCUUCUGGGAACAACGAAACCUGCCCGUGUUUGGUGUGCGUUGAAACAAAAAAUAUGACCGAGAUACAGCGUAUUGUGGACGCCCUACUCCUUCGCCUGACGUUAGACAAGUCCAAGCUGUCAUCCACCAGAAGGAAGCUGGAAUCAGUGCCGGACGGCAGACCCUCAGCACAGGCCAUUGGCUACUCGGGGAUAACCUUCAUCGUGAUCACGAUCAGUUUCUUUCUUCUAAGUGAUAUGAUACGACUCUGUCAGUUUUUCCAAGACAAAAAAUCGAACCCACAAUCACAGAUCAGAAACAACACUGCCUGAAGAAUGACGAUACAUGGUCAAAUGGUGUCGUGAAAAUAUGUAAAUGAAAAAGUGUAAUGUGACCGUAAAGGAUGCGAAAUAUGUGGUGUUAUGCCCUAAUCGAGAAGCGUUUUGUGAUACACGUAGCGUGUCAAUAA